AUGACACAGUCAGCCCAAUUCAAAUUCUCUACGGUAACGGGAUUCUUCCUCCAGGAUGAGCCGGACACCGACCCAGCGACUUUCGACUAUGUCGAGUCCAAUUUCGGCCUCAUCCUCCAUGAAGAGGCCCCACUACACACCCAGUGGCAGAAGUUCAUCCAGAGCAUCAAUGAGCUGAACAACCUGGGAGAAGGAUCAGUACAAUACAAGGUACUUUUUCUAGGCCGACACGGCGAGGGGGUUCAUAAUGUCGCCGAGAAACGCUAUGGGAAAGCAGCAUGGGAUUCAUAUUGGUCCCUACUCGACGGAGAUCAGUACGGCAACUGGGUCGAUGCCCGACUCACAGAUCUAGGAAGAUCCCAAGCCAGAACGGCACACGACACAUGGGAAACGCAGUUCACCAACGGGAUUCCGGCACCGCAGUCAUACUAUGUGAGUCCAUUGCACCGGACCUGCGAAACUGCCGAAAUCACCUUUAAGGGACUGGAUAUGCCACUCACCGACCCAUUUCGACCGAUGAUCAAAGAGCUCCUCCGUGAGACACUAGGCGAGCAUACUUGUGACCGUCGGUCUAAGGCAUCUGAAAUUGGAGCAGAGUUUCCAGAGUAUCAGUUUGAGCUUGGGUUCUCCGAGGACGAUCUGCUCUGGGACGCCCAUAGCCGGGAGACCAAUGAGGAGCGCAAUGAACGACUUGCUAGGCUACUGAAUGAUAUCUUUGCCAGUGACGAGAAUGUCAUACUUUCUCUCACAGCGCACUCGGGUGCCAUUGCUAGUAUCCUCAAAGUUGUUGGUCACCGUGAUUUUCCUUUGCAAACAGGGGCGGUGAUCCCUGUUGUUGUUCAAGCAGAGCGAAGAUGA